AUGGCAGAUCUCGACCUUCAAGCUGUCCACGAUGAGAUGGUGGCAAUUGCCUACGAAGCCGGCCGCAUGAUUCUCAGUGCCAACCCGGCUGACCUCGACACCGGUACCAAGCUGAACUCCGUCGACAUUGUCACCGAGGCCGAUCAGGCUGUCGAGAAGAUGGUGUCUGGCAGACUGGCUGCGUCAUUCCCAUCCGUAUCCUUCAUGGGCGAGGAGACGUACAAGCCUGGCAUGAGACUUGGACCGGAGCCUACAUUUGUCGUUGACCCUAUCGACGGCACCACCAAUUUUGUCCACUCCUUCCCAAACGCAUGCAUCUCCCUCGGCCUAGCCGUCCAACGCUCUCCUGUAGUAGGUGUCAUCUACAACCCGUGGCAGGACCUCCUAUUCACGGCCAUCAAAGGCAAAGGCGCCUACAUGACCCGGAGCAAAGGCACGACUCCUCAAAAGCUGCCCCUGGCCAAAUCUCCCCGCCCUCUCCAAGGCCUGGGGACAUCCCUGAUCGCAGUCGAAUGGGGCUCUGACCGAGAGGGAUCCAACUUUGAGCUCAAGACGGACGUCUUCAAGAAACUGGCCGCUAGUAGGGAAUCGGGCGGCUCCAUGGUGCAUUCGCUUCGAUCUCUGGGAUCGGCCGCUCUCAACAUUGCUGCCGUGGCUGCUGGCCAGAUGGACGCCUACUGGGAAGGUGGAUGCUGGGCCUGGGAUGUCUGCGCCGGCUGGUGCCUUCUCGCUGAAGCUGGGGGGAGGAUGGUUAGCGGAAAUCCAGGCAACUGGGAUCCCGAGCUGGAGUCGAGGGUGUAUUUGGCCGUGAGAGGCGCGCCGACGGGCCAGAAGGACCUGGUGGAGGAGUUUUGGAAGGUGAUUGGCGACAGAAAGAUGGGAUACUCUGUUUAA